AUGCAGUUGAAAUAUUUACGAACAUUGUUAGAGGGUCAGGAGCAAAUCCAGAGAAUAGCAGGAUUAGCCUGGUCUCCUAAUCAGCAAAAACUAGCUAUAGCCACCGCGGACCGUCAUAUUCUCCUAUAUGAUGAUGCAGGAGAAAGACGGGAUAAGUUUAGCACCAAGCCAGCGAAUCCCUCAAAUGGAAAGAACUCCUAUGUCAUUCGGGGACUGGCCUUUAGCCCGGACUCAACCAAACUGGCGGUGGGCCAGAGUGAUAGCAUCGUUUAUGUAUACAAACUGGGGGAGUCCUGGAACGACAAGAAGGUGAUAUGUAACAAGUUUCCACAAGCCAGUGCUGUGACUGCUCUUAUUUGGCUAACUUCGGGAUCUAUUAUAGCUGGACUUGAGGAUGGCAAAGUCCGUGCCCUUCACAGCAAGAGUAAUAAAUCUCAAAGUCUCUAUGGCGGUGACAGUAUCUGCAUUUCGCUGGCAGCCAAUACCAAGGGAACAGGGUUUCUGAGUGGCCACAAUGACGGCACUAUUAUAAGGUACUUUAUGACGGAUGAGGCAACAGAACCACUGGGCAGAGUGGUGCAGCAUUCGGUUCCACCUUUUGCCUUGGCCUGGCCUCAGGGAGGCUUUUGCGCCGCUGGUUGUGAUCAGAGGAUUGUGUUUUAUGAUAGCAUGGGUCGUCAGCUCCGCACCUUCGACCAUUCCAGGACAGAAGGUGAACGGGAGUUCACAGUGGCUGCCUGUAGUCCAAAUGGACAGGCUGUGGCCUUUGGUAGCUUUGACAGGAUACGCAUUUUCGCGUGGAGUCCUCGACAAGGAGCGUGGAGCGAAAGUGCCAGCAAGGAGGUAGCCUGCUUGUAUACCUUGAGCAGCCUCCUCUGGCGGAGAGAUGGAGCCCGACUCGCCUUGGGAUCUGUGAGUGGAGCAGUUCUCCUCUUCGAGUCCGUACUCCGACGAACUGUGUGGCAGGACAAGUUCGAGCUGAUCUUCGUGGCCCCCAGUCAACUUCUAGUUAGAUCCUUGACGGAACCCUCGCAACAGCUCACUAUUGAAUCACAACUGGGUCUGGAGAUCGAUGACGUUAGGAUUAUGGGCAGGGAUAAUUACCUAGUGGCCCGCACAGAGGAAUCAUUAAUCCUUUGUGACUUGACCAGAAAUUUGUGCAGCGAGGUUCCCUGGACGGCAUCCGGUCACCACGAGCGUUUCUACUUUGAGAACCCCACCGUUUGCCUGGUUUUCAAUGUGGGAGAACUAAGCUUAGUAGAGUACGGUGAAAACUCCAUCCUGGGAUCUGUACGUACGGAAUUCGUCAAUCCCCAUGUGAUCUCCGUGCGUCUAAAUGAGCGAGGAAACGUAAAGGAAAAUAAAAAGCUCGCUUUUCUGCUGGAUGCUAAAACUAUAUGUGUGGUGGAUCUUGUCACUAGAAUGACCAGUGGUCAGAUCAACCAUGAGGCCAAGAUCGACUGGCUGGAGCUCAGCGAGACUGCGCAUAAGCUCCUCUUCCGAGACAAAAAACUCCGUUUGGUUUUAGUGGAUAAUUAUACAGGCAAAAAGCAGACCCUGCUCAGCAACAUUUCCUUUGUCCAGUGGGUUCCCCAGAGCGAUGUGGUGGUAGCCCAGAGCAACACUAACUUGGCCAUCUGGUACAACAUCGAUCUUCCGGAGCACGUCACCAUGCAGAGUGUUCGCGGAGAUGCCGUCGAGGUGCUUCGCGAAAAUGGACGCACAGUGGUUCGAUCCCAGGAUGGCCCAAGUGAGCAUAACUACCAGUUGGACGAAGGGCUUGUGGAGUUCGGCACUGCUGUUAACGACAGCGACUUUGGAAGGGCCGUUCACUUUCUAGAAUCUCUUGGUGACAAGCCCGCUGCCAAGGCUAUGUGGCACAAUCUGGCUUUGAUCUCCCUAGAGGAUGGAAAUUUGCGAGUAGCCCAGCGAUGUUACGCUGCCCUAGGUAAUGUAUCCAAGGCUUAUUAUCUAGCUGAGAUGAUCCAGCAGGCAGAUGAGUUCGAGGAGUCUUCCGGCUCUCCUGGCAUGCUCUGCCCGGAGGUUCGGGCUAAAAUGGCUCUGCUAAGUUCGGAUUUGCGGACUGCGGAGCGGAUUUAUCUGGAGCAGGGCGACAUCGAGGCGGCUUUGAAGAUGUACCAACAGCUUGGAAUGUGGGAUGAAGCAGUAGCUCUGGCAGAGCGACGUGGAUACAACCGGGUGUCUGAGUUGAAGCAACAACACAUGGAAUACUUACUGAGUAGCGAACAGCAAGAAAAAGCUGGACAGGUGCUCGAGGAGCAGGGCGAUCUACAGCAGGCUAUGUCCUUGUUCCUAAAGGCCAAUAAACCGGCGAGGGCAGCUCGUUUAGCCUUAAAGACACCACACAUCCUGCAGGAUGAGCAGGUGAUGCUGCAGGUUACAGAAGGACUGGUCCGUUCUGAGCUCUACGAGCUGGCUGGAGAUAUAGCACAUCGGCUGUCUCGCCCAGAAGCAGCUUUAGCUCUCUACAGAAAAGGAGGAGCAUAUGCCAGAGCUUUAGAACUGGGACGUGUCGUGGCUCCACAGGAGGUCACUGCUUUGGAGGAGGAGUGGGGAGACUGGUUGGUAAGCCGAAAACAGCUAGAUGCCUCUAUUAACCACUACAUAGAAGCGGGAGCGACGCAAAAAGCUUUGGAAGCUGCAGUGGGUGCCAAGCAAUGGCGAAAGGCAGUUCAAAUAGCAAAAGUCCUGGACGAACCGGAACUAAUACAGCGAUAUGCCGUGGAUCUAGCCAAGCAUUUGGCCUUUGCAGGAGACCUUGAUGGAGCGGAAGAUAUGUUGGUGAGAGCCAAUCUGCACAAGGAUGCUAUUGAACUGCUAAACAAGCAUGGCAAAUGGGAGCGAGCCUACGUGAUUGGUGAAAAGUAUCUGAAGGCAGAUCAACUCCGAGAGCUUUUUGUCCAACUCGCAGGAACUCUGGAGGAGCAGGGGAAAUACAGAGAUGCGGAAAAGGUUCUUAUAGCAGUCAAUGAGCCCGAUCUGGCUAUAGCCAUGUAUAAGCGGCGGGAACUGUACGACUCAAUGAUCCGUUUAGUGGAGCGGUAUCACAAGGAUCUGCUGGAUAGCACCCACUUACAUUUGGCUCGCCAACUGGAAUCCCGCGGAAAACUCAAGAAUGCUGAGAUGCAUUUCGUUGCCUCCGGCGAUUGGAAAUCCGCCGUGCACAUGUACUGCUCGUCGGGUCGCUGGGAGGAUGGCUACAGGGUGGCCAAACAGAAGGGAACUGAUGGAGCAAGCCAGCAGGUGGCCUACAUGUGGGCCAAGUCCAUGCCCACAGAGAGUGCAGUAAGACUACUGAGCAAACUAGGUCUUCUGGAUACUGCAGUGGGAUUUGCCUGUGACUCUGGUCAAUUCGAGUUUGCUAUGGAACUAUGCAAAUUUGCUGGAAAGCCAACAGAUGAGGUGCACCUGAAGAUCGCAAUGUCGCUAGAAGAUGAAGGAAAGUUUGAGGCGGCGGAGGCGGAAUUCCUUAAGGCCAACAAACCCAAAGAGGCCAUAUUGAUGUACCAACAUGCAGGAGAUUGGCAGGCUGCCUUAAAUGUGGCCGAAAAUCACCUACCCGAUGCCGUGGGAGAAGUUCUAAUAGGACAAGCUUCAGCUGCCUUGGAAACCCGUAAUUACAAGGAUUAUGAAGCUCUUCUUCUAAGAGCGCAUCGACCGGACUUGAUUGUGGAGCACUACAAACAGGAAUCCCUUUAUGAAGAUGCCCUGCGCAUCGCCGAGGAGCAUUAUCCAGCAGCUUUAAACGAUCUGAGGCGCCUCCAGACUCAACUUCAACGUGGUCAGGCUCAAGCUCAAGCCAGCGAAGAUGCCGCCUCCAUUUCUCGUGCCUACUUGCAUAGAGCUGCAGAGUUUGCCAAGAAAGAGCAGUUCCGAAAGGCAGCCGAGUGCCUCAUGCAGAUAGAUUCCACCAAUGCUGAGGAUGCAGCCACCUUGGAAAGAGCUUUAAUGAGAGCUGCUGAGAUCUGCAAUCAGUUUUUAGAGGGUCAGGAUGCCCAGGAGUUGGCCCAAUCUCUAGGACCACGAUUACUAGCCAUCAAGCAAAUAGGACCGGCAGCCCAGCUGUACUUGGCUGCUGAUAUGCCCAAGCAGGCUGUAGAUGUGUUCAUCAAAACGGAGCAGUGGAGCAAGGCUCGUCGUCUAGCCAAGGAGAUCGACGCGGAUUUGCAACUCCUUGCAUACGUGGAACAGCAACAGAAGGCCAGCCUGAAGCACGAGGGGAACAUCGAGCAACUGGCCGAUAUAGACGUCGUCUCUGCUCUGGAUCUCCUGGCGGAACAGGGUCAAUGGCAGCGUUGCUUGGAGAAGGCCAAGCAGCUGAAUCCCGCCCUGCUACAAAAGUACGUGGCCGUUUAUGCCGCCCAGCUCAUUCGGGAGGGAAAUUGCACCACUGCACUGGGGCUCUACUUGAGCUACGGAGCUCCUCCCAUCGAAGCUCAUUUUAAUAUCUACACCAGGAUCGCAUUGGAUUGCUUGGCCUUGAGGGAGGAGCAAACUGAGGGCGGUUCCAUUUGGAGGCAGUUGAGGGAUUUCCUUUCCCGCUUACUACAAUCUCUUAAGGCGACGCCGGAGCAGGCCCAAUCCCAGUUUACAGUCAGCAUGGAGCAGUUCCUGUUGAUAGCCCACUAUUAUGCCACCAGAGCCGCUUGUAAGGAGGUGCAGGCACUCCAACCGGUGGCUCUGCGUUUAUCCUUGGCAUUACUUCGUCAUACCGACCUCCUGCCGGUGGAUAAAGGUUUCUACGAAGCUGGGAUGGAUCUACGCCAGGCAGGUCGCGAAUCCGAGGCCUUCGUUAUGCUCAAUCACUAUCUCGAUGUGUGUGAGGCUAUUGAAGAGGGUUCUGGCCAGUUGGUAGACCAUUCCGAUCUGACUAGAACGGAUUUUCCCAGCUCUGUGCCUUUGCCAGAGGAUAUUCACCUUAAGAAUGAUCCCAAUCUACACGAGGAGGUUCGCGAAUGGGUUCUCGCUGUUAGCAUGGAUCAACAGGUGGAUCAGCAGCUGCCCACCGAUGAUCGCGGCCUUUACGAAUCCAGCUUGGGUGCCAAUGAUCUGCCCUGCAUGCUUAGUGGGUUUCCUGUGAGGGGUCGUCAGCCUGUCACCUUUCAGGGAUCGAGUAACCAAGUCAAUCGGGAUGUCUGGAGCAAGUUCUCGGUGGCCCUGAAGAUGUCUCCGGGCAGUGGUAUUGCCGAUAUAAUUUCUUUUACUGAAAAAUGGCAAGGAGCAGCUAACUACGUGAUGCACUAA